UUUAAAUUCAAUGGAAGACAACCAGGUAGAAGGAGAAGGAGAUGAUAAGCCUAAGUACAAGUUUCUAACAGAAGAACUUGAGGACCAGGUCAAGAAGUGGUUCGACUCCUUUGAUAAGGACAGAGAUGGACAGAUCCAAACCAGCGAAAUUGGAACAAUUCUUAGAAUAAUGAACCUGAACCCUACAGAGAGAGAACUUCAAAAGAUGACUGAGAAGCACGAUUCUGGUAGAACAGGACUAGUCAAUGAAGAAGCUGUAAAGCUGAUGGUGGAUGAGAAGCUUCAUGAUACUGAUACAAUUGAAGAAAUGGUUGAAGCUCUCAAAUGAUUUGACAACGAUAAAGACGGCAAGGUUCAAAUUUGUGAUCUUAGAUGGGCCAUGACUCAACUUGGAGAGAAAAUGGAUGAUGCCAUGUGAGAUGAUAUCAUUAAUGAAGCUGAUCCCUCUAAACAAGGUUAUUUUGACAUCAUGGACUUUGCUAAGGCUCUUAAAGGAAUAAAGUAAAAAUAUUUCAAUUUUUA